AUGCUACUAACUCGCUUGGCGAUUGCGCCUCGUAUAUAUACAAGACCGGCAAGCUUGCUAAGCUUCGGGUCGAGAUCGUUCUACAGAUUCAGAUCGAACCUUCCGGAAAACUUCAAUCCAAAAACUGAUUUACCUUCCGAAGGUGAAUGGAAACAUAUUAAACAUCACAUUCCUGGAGAAUCAAUUCAAAAAAAUGAUUUGAAAAGUAGAGUUCCUAAAUUCCCACUUGUCAAGGAGAUUGUCCCUACAUUACUUCCAAGACCAGGAGUACCACAAGUUGGAGAUCAAUAUUCAUUCAAGCAAGUUCUUAAUAUUUUAAAACGUAAAACAAAGCCAGAACUUAUCUAUGAAGCUGAACCUCAUAGACUUUACUUCUUAGCUUCCAUUUGCUUUGCCGUACUUCUCACUGUUUAUGGACUUGUAUUAUUGGAAUAUGGAGUAUAUGAAUCAUCAGAAAGAUAUAAAUUAAACGAAAAGGAAUUAACCAAGGAAUUAUUAGAUAGAGAAUGGGUAUUUGAUGUAGCUAAAUUCUCAAUUCCUGGAUUAAUUUUACUUAGAUUUGCCCUUGCCGCUGCAAGAUUCCCCACAAGACUUAUUAGAAGAAUGUGGUAUUUGCCUGGAAGAGUUGAACAUAUAAAGUUUACAUCCUAUCCAAUGUUCCCAGGUCAAGCAACCCCAGUUUUCACAGUUCCAUUAGAAAAUCUUGUUCGUAGUAAACGUGCCAAAGUAUGGACUGGUCGUGGAUUCUAUGGAACUGCAGACAAUUCCCAUUUUUAUUUCGCACUUCGAGAAACUGCUCCAAAGGCUAGACUGUGGGUAGUUGAUCGUAAGGGAUUUUUCUGGAGUGAUGGUAGAGUAUUUGAUGUUUUAUUCGGUAAGGAAUCCGUAGCUGAAGCGGAAUUGGGUAUUCCAUAUGAUGAACAAUUUGGAAUCAUUAAUCGUGGAGUUAAAAAGCAAAAGGACCAACUUCGGGCUCAACAUGGAAUGUUUUAUAAAUAUAAACUUCAAGCAGCAGAAAUGAAAAAGGAUUUUAAAAGAGCUGGUGAUUGGGUAGGUUCAAGAGUUGGAAUUGAAGAAAAUAAACAAAAUAAUGAUAAGAAAUUGUUGGAAGAUGAAAAGAAGAAUAAGAAACACUGA